AUGAUUAAUAACAAAUAACAAAAAGACAGAUACUCCAAUACCACGUCCUCCAUGUAUAUUAAAUCAACCAUUUCCAAUCCUAAUGUUAAAUCAAUCAUUUAGGCUGUUUCCACAAUCCUUCAUUCUUAAAUGUAGGAGGACUAGGAGCAAGGAAAAUAGAUUCCAAAGACUUCGGAAUUGUAUUUCUUUAGUGAAGAAAAGUAUAUCGAAGAAAAGCCCGAAGAAUUUGACGAGCAAAGGAAGUUACUAUUAAGAGAACCUCCAAGUGUUGACAACAUCUAUGAAUUCAUGAAGGCACUCUAUGAUUGCGCAUAAUUCAGUCCAGAAUGUUGUAUCAUCUGUUUAGUUUACAUAAAUCGACUGAUCGCAUUUACGGGAUUGACCUUAAACCCAACAAAUUGGAGACCUUUACUUCUAAGUUCAUUGUUAGUAGCCCAAAAAGUGUGGGAUGACAAAUAUUUAUCAAAUGCUGAUUUUGCAUUCAUCUACCCCUUCUUCACAACAUAAGAAAUCAAUAAAUUAGAAGCUAAGUUCUUAGAAUUGCUUUAGUAUAAUGUCACAGUAAAAGGUGAUUUGUAUGCAAAAUACUAUUUUGAAUUGAGAGCUCUAUUCAAAGGGGAUUAAGAAUUUCCAUUAUAUCCAUUGGAUGUGACCCAAUCAGCAAAUUUGGAAGCUAGAUCAGCAGAUGUCUAAAAAUAAGAGUAAGAAAAAGCAGAGAAACUAUCCUUGACUUAUAAUGAUAGACAAACAAGAAAACCAGCUGCCAUUAUCAAUUGAUACAUAUUAUUUCAUAUAUGCAUAUUAAAAUAAACUUAAACGCAAAUUCAGUUUUUGA